AUGGAACAAAAUACCAAAACAUUUGAUUCUAAUGAUGAACUAACAUCUAAGUUUGCUGAUAUAGCUCUUAAAGCCAUUGAAGACGUUUCUGAAGAACUUCGUGAGAUAAGCAUAAAAAUACACGAAAAUCCAGAAUUGGCUUACGAAGAAAAAUAUGCGCAUAAAUUAUUAGUUAAUUAUUUGCAAGAAAAAGGGUUUAAAGUAACACCGAAUGCUUUUGGUUUAGAAACAGCAUUUGUAGCAGAGUUUCAAUCUAAGGCCGGAAAAGGCCGUGUUGUUUCAUUUAAUUCAGAGUAUGAUGCUUUACCAGACAUUGGUCAUGCUUGUGGACAUAAUCUUAUUGCAAUUAGCGGUGUAGGUGCUGCGAUUGGUCUCAAAGCAGUUCUUGAGAAAUUUCACAUUAAAGGAACUGUAAAGUUAUUUGGAACCCCCGCAGAAGAACAGGGUAGCGGAAAAGUCGAUUUAAUUAAAGCCGGUGCCUAUGAGGGAGUUGAUAUUUCACUAAUGGUUCAUCCAAGUGUAUUUAAUGGAGGUUUUAUAACCUUUUUGGCGGUCCUGAGCGCGAAUGUUGAAUAUUUCGGAAAACCUGCACAUGCUUCGGGAAUUAAUGCAUUGGAUGCAAUAGUAUUGGCCUAUAAUAAUAUUGGAUUGUUAAGACAGCAAAUUCUGCCUACAGACAGGAUUCAUGGAAUAAUUACUAAUGGAGGAACAGCACCUAACGUUAUUCCUGAAUAUACAUCUGGAACUUUUCUUAUUCGUGGAAAGACAAUGAAAGAUGCGAAGGCACUUCAGCCACGUGUGCACAAGUGCUUUGAAGCAGCUGCAGAAGCGACUGGGGCUAAAGUAAAAAUUACAUGGUCAAAAGAAGUUUAUGAUGUAAAUAUAAAUGAACCUCUUGCCGAACGCUACGAACACUACCUUUCAAAAAAAUUUGAUAUUACAUUUCCACCAAAAGAUGUUCAGUCUACCUUACCUAGCGGAUCCACUGAUCAGGGAAAUGUCACUUAUUCGGUACCUGGAUUUCAUUCAAUAUAUGACAUUUGUACACCUAUUCGUACUAUUAAUCAUCAAAGAGAAUUUUCCUCGGAAUGUAAAACAAAAAUUGCUCAUGAAGAAACUAUAAAAGCUACGAGUGGUAUGACUUUGGUUGGAUUAGACUUUUUAAUUGAUGAUGAAUUUGCUAAACAAUAA